UUUGUCCCACGAUCUUUCUACACUGCACUCAACUCAGAUCGAGGUGUGGCCGUCGAGGGCAGCCAUUUUCUUGACUUUCUGUCGCUUAAAGAAAUCAGUCGUCCACGUCUUCGUCGACUCCUCUUCCUCUUCGUUCUGUCGUCAUCCUCGUCGACGGGUCUCUUGGAAUGCUCUUGGGCUCUACCUGACACUACGUGGCCGUUUAGUUCAAGACGCUGAAAGAAAGACUAAAAACAUGGGAUGCAAUGCGGGCCGAUGCCUCGGUCCAGACGAUACGGGGUACCCUGGAUCAGGAUUCAUGGCAGCCAUCAGGAAGAAGCUGGUUAUCGUCGGUGACGGUGCUUGCGGUAAAACAUGUCUUCUCAUAGUAUUCAGCAAAGACCAAUUCCCUGAAGUAUAUGUACCCACGGUAUUCGAGAAUUAUGUUGCCGACAUCGAAGUGGAUGGUAAACAGGUGGAACUGGCUCUUUGGGACACAGCUGGACAAGAAGAUUAUGAUAGGUUGCGUCCGUUGUCAUACCCAGACACGGACGUCAUCCUAAUGUGCUUCUCCAUCGACAGUCCCGAUUCCCUGGAGAACAUUCCCGAGAAGUGGACACCAGAAGUGAAGCACUUCUGCCCGAAUGUGCCCAUUAUCCUUGUGGGUAAUAAAAAAGACUUGCGUAAUGAUCCUAAUACCAUCAAGGAAUUGAGCAAGAUGAAACAGGAGCCUGUUAAGCCCGAGGAGGGUAGAGCCAUGGCGGAAAAGAUCAACGCUUUCGCUUAUCUCGAAUGUUCUGCUAAAAGCAAGGAAGGUGUAAGGGAAGUCUUUGAAACGGCAACCCGAGCUGCGUUACAAGUAAAGAAGAAGAAGAAGGGCAGGUGUAGGCUCCUUUAAGAUGUUUAUCCCAAGUAAACCCGAUAUAACACGGGCGAAAUAAUGGAAUUGCGGAACUAGCUGCAACAAAGCUAGUCGUAAUGCCGCAGAUCCCGCGGAGAAACCA